AUGGAGAUUUUGAGCUUUUUGCUUUCUCUUUUUACGCAUACUCUUCUGUUGAAUUUUUCUAUUUUUCAUUUUCCUUCGAUUUCAGCUCAUCGGACUAACCACGGAGACUUUCUCCGGUGUCUCUCUCGCCGAAUAAACGACUUUACCGUCGAAACUAGAGUCAUACACACCUCUAAAGAUUCUUCUUUUUUCUCAAUCUUGAAUUCUUCCAUACAAAAUCCAAGAUUCUCAGUCCUCGAAACACCUAAACCGGUCUCAAUCAUCACUCCGGUUCAAGCCACUGAUGUUCAAUCGACGAUUAUAUGCGCACGUCUUCACGGUGUCCACGUCAGGACUCGGAGUGGUGGUCAUGACUACGAAGGCUUCUCGUACAUCGCCAAAAACAGACCGUUCGUUGUCCUUGAUUUAAGGAAUCUCCGGUCUAUAACAUUAGAUGUUGAUAACCGGACCGGUUGGGUUCAAACCGGAGCUACACUUGGAGAAUUGUACUACGAGAUUGGGAAAUCGAGCAAAUCUUUGGCCUUUCCGGCCGGUCUUUUCCCAACCGUCGGCGUUGGAGGGCAAUUCGCCGGUGGAGGGUACGGUACGUUGAUGAGAAAAUACGGUUUAGCGGCGGAUAAUGUAAUCGAUGCGCAUAUUGUGGAUGCAAGCGGAAGGUUUCUUGACCGACAAGGCAUGGGUGAGGAUUUAUUUUGGGCUAUCCGUGGAGGUGGUGGAUCAAGCUUCUGCGUUGUCUUGUCAUGGAAGAUUAGAUUGGUGGAAGUUCCAUCGACGGUAACGGUCUUUAAAGUGGAGAAAACAUCGGAGAAAGAGGCUGUCUCGGUUAUCAACAAAUGGCAGUAUGUUGCGGAUAAGGUUCCUGAUGAUCUUUUUAUUAGGGCUAUGUUGCAGAGAUCCAACGAAACCGCGGUUUAUGCUUCGUUCCCGGGACUUUAUCUUGGUCCGGUAAGUUAUCUAUUAGCGUUAAUGGAAGAGAAGUUUCCGGAGUUAGGUCUUGAGAUUGGAGAUUGUAGAGAGGUCAGUUGGAUUGAGUCUGUUCUCUGGUUUGUCAAUGAAGAAUCAAUAGAUGAUCUUAGGAAACGUAAGCGUACGUCGAGAUCUUUCAAAGGUAAAGACGAUUUCAUCCAAAAACCGAUACCAAGAACCGCAAUCCGAGAGCUUUGGAGACGGUUCUACGCGCCUGAGGCUCGACUUGCAAAGAUCAUACUCACUCCAUUUGGUGGAAAAAUGAGUGAAAUUGCGGAAUAUGAAAUACCAUUCCCACAUAGAGAAGGGAAUGUUUAUGAGAUUCAGUAUUUGGCUUAUUGGAAAGAAGAAGAAGAUAAGAACAAGACUGAUACAGAGAAGUAUAUGAGAUGGGUCAAGAGUGUUUACGAUUUCAUGACUCCUUAUGUUUCGGAUUCACCAAGAGGAGCUUAUGUCAAUUUUAGAGAUAUUGAUUUGGGGAUUUAUGGUCUUGGGAUGAAUAUGAAGAAGACAAAGUACGAGGUAGGAAAGAUUUGGGGUGUGAAGUAUUUCAAGAACAACUUUGAUAGAUUGGUGGACGGGGCUUGGAAAGACACAGAGUGUAGAGCUGAUUUAGGAUGGUACUUUUUCAACACGGAUUCUCCUGAUAAACUUAUGGGAACAUAUAAUUUGAGGCGGGGAAUAUCCCCACUUCAGUCAGAGCUGGAGGCUCUCAUUUGGGCCAUGCAAUGCAUGAUACGGCAUAACAAAUUGGUAAUGGUGUUUCAGACGGACUGUUCCGAUGUGGUGAAGAUGGUGUCUAAACCAGAGGAGUGGCCGGCGUUCUCAACACUACUUGACGAGGUUGACAGAUGUAAGAGGAGAUUCACCUCUUUCAACAUCAUGCAUAUUCCAAGGACGAACAACACAAAGGCAGACAAGUUAGCACAAAGUGCUCGAGAUCUACCUACAGAUGUGUAUUAUGUAAACUCUAUUUCACCAGUUUGGAUUCCCGAGCUGUUGUAG